AGCGAGGAACACUUCUGCAGGCAGUCAGCGAGGAAGUGGGACAGCCAGACCAGCGCGUGGCGGAGGAAUACACUCGAGCUGCUUUCCAUCGGAAACCCGAACAGUACAGAGGCUAGAGAGCUACACACCUAUCUCAACUUGAGGACUUGUAUUCCGGGGACACACCGCUCGUAGUGUAGUAGUGUUCGCGUAUUCACUUCAUUUGGAGAAACAUGGCAGACCAGCUAACAGAGGAGCAAAUUGCAGAGUUCAAGGAGGCGUUCUCCUUAUUCGACAAGGAUGGCGACGGCACCAUCACGACCAAAGAGCUGGGCACCGUUAUGAGGUCGCUGGGCCAGAACCCCACAGAGGCCGAGCUGCAGGACAUGAUCAACGAGGUGGAUGCUGACGGAAAUGGAACCAUUGACUUCCCAGAAUUCCUCACCAUGAUGGCCAGGAAAAUGAAGGACACAGACAGCGAGGAGGAGAUCCGCGAAGCCUUCCGGGUAUUUGACAAGGAUGGUAACGGCUACAUCAGUGCUGCUGAGCUGCGCCACGUGAUGACCAACCUGGGUGAGAAACUAACGGAUGAGGAGGUGGACGAGAUGAUCAGAGAAGCCGAUAUCGACGGAGACGGACAGGUCAACUACGAAGAAUUUGUACAGAUGAUGACUGCAAAGUGAAGCUUUCCCAUCCCUUCCUGCCCUCUUAGAAGAAAAAAAACAAAUGUUUUACUUACCUCUUGGGAAAAAAAUGUUCAUUUAUUCAUAAUGUUUCUGUAUAGAAAAUAAUUGAAUGUUGAAAUAAAAAAAAAUAUCCUUCUGUCCACACAGAAAAAAAAUACGUUUAAAGAAAAACAUCUGCAUGAAGUGGUUAGUGAUCCUGUCCCCAAAGAAAUCAGUUUAGCAUCAGUAAUAAUAAUAAUAAUAAUAAUAAUGAUAAUAAUACGAGAAAAAAAUACAGAAGUACUACUACUAUGUAUCUUACCUUCAAAAAAAACUGAAGAGAAAAAAACGGCAUCUGGUGAACUCCUUUAGUUCCAUUUGCUCUUGGUGAAGUUUGGGCUGGCCAUCUUUCUUUUUCUCUCUGUUCUCUGUCCUCCAUGCAUGCAGCUUGAGAGUGGGGCGAGGGGGCCAGGGCUCCUGCCAACCCAAGCGUGCUGAUUGAUUCCACUGAGUUGUCUGAGUUGAGUAUUGUUGGUUUGGUACAGUUUUUUGUAUAUCGAGAGGAACCCUAAGAUUAAAGAAGAUUGAUUAAAUGAUAUUAUUAUAUAUAAAUAUACACAGUAUAUGACAUGAAAUGAAACUAAAAUGAAAUGAAAUGGAAGCUCUUCAUUUUUCGCAGUGGACAGUGGAAUGGGACUUUUAUCGUUAUGGUGGGAUUGAAACAAAACAAAAAAAUGAAAAAGUGACAAAAAAAAGUUUAAAAUGAGGAAAACAAAAUAAACAGUUUAAAUGUUUGGCAUGUUUUAUUUUUUAGAUUUAGUUUUUUUUUUCGCUCCUGCUUCUUUAUAUUGUUUUUUUCAGUCCUGUUGUUUUUCCUGUCUUCCAGACUCAUUACUUUCUUUAUGCUCUUCUGUAGAAGGCCAUGUUUGUGUGUGUGUGUGUGUGUGUGUGUGUGUGUGUGUGUGUGUGUGUGUGUGUGUGUGUGUGUGUGUGCGUGCGUGCGUGCGUGCGUGCGCGCGCCUCUAGCUCUCGGGUGGCAGUGUUUUUUUGUAGAGGUUGCAGUUUGGAUGACAAUGACAAUGACAGUGGUGAUGGUGGUGUUGUGUCCACAAAGGACCUUCAAUAAGGGGCUUGUGUGGACGGACGGAUGGUUUAGUGUAGUAGAGUCGGAGUCGAGUCACCCCCCUGGCCACAGGUCACCUCCCGUCCCAUCGUCACCACUGUACAGUAUGCCAGCACUAUUGCCACCCUGGAGCUGGAGGGUUAUUGGGGUGGGGGAGGGGGCUGUUUACAUUGACGGGCAAAAUGGAUGCAUUCGUUAUAAUCCGGGGCCACAUAUACCAAAUGACCGUGUUUCACCUGUCCAAUUGAAUCAGGAGGUCAUUCAACCAGCCAAUCACCUGGCUGAAUUGGACUGGUAAAAAAAACAAGUCCAGUUUGAAUAUGUGGCACUGGGUUGUAAACUGAUGACUCCAUUUUGCCCAUCACUGGUGGUGGUUAGUGGGGAGGGCUGGGCUGGUCUGGGCUAGAAGGAAGGCAGGCAGGAUGGUAAGGGAGUGGGGGGAUGGGAGAGGCAGAGGAAGUGGAAGUGGGGCAGACCUCCGGGUGAGGGUGGGAUGGGAGGGAGAGUGAUCUUGUUUACUGUAUCUGCAGCUUGCUCUGUGGGUAAUGAUCAGUGUCCACUCUUCAUUCUCAAGUCUCCGUUUACAUUCAUUCCAAGUUGUAUAACAUGCUAGUCCUUGUUUUUGUUUUUAUUUUUUUGUUCUGUUAUUUUUUUUGUUUGUUUUAUUUUAUUUUCAAAUAAAAAAGACCAUGAUCUUUAAAAGGA